CCAGCCAAAUGAACAGCGAUGCCUUCUAAGGUCUCCUGCCUGUACCUGCUGACCGUGGUUUGUUGGGCCAGCGCUCUGUGGUACCUGAGCCUGUCCCGCCCCUCCGGCUCCGACCCGGGACAGGUGAACGUCCCGGCACGCAACCUGCCCAAGCCGGGCAAGAACGGCACCUUCGGCAACAUCCGCACGCGCUCGCUCAACCCGCACGACUUUGACUACCUCAUCAACGAGGCCAAGAAGUGCGAGGCGGAGCCGCCCUUCCUGGUCAUCCUCAUCAGCACCACCCACAAGGAGUUUGACGCCCGCCAGGCCAUCAGAGAGACAUGGGGCGACGAGAGCACCUUCCCCGAGGUGCGCGUGGUCACGCUCUUCCUGUUGGGCCGCAGCACCGACGCCGUCCUCAACGAGAUGGUGGAGCAGGAGAGUCAGAUCUUCCACGACGUGGUGGUGGAGGACUUCAUCGACUCGUACCACAAUCUGACGCUGAAGACGCUGAUGGGCAUGCGCUGGGUGGCCACCUUCUGUUCCCAGGCUCAGUAUGUCCUGAAGACGGACAGUGACAUAUUUGUCAACAUGGAGAACCUCAUCUACAACCUCCUGAAGCCCACCACCAAGCCCAGGAGGCGGUACUUCACCGGCUAUGUCAUCAACGGUGGGCCAAUCAGAGACAUGCGCAGCAAGUGGUACAUGCCCAGGGAUCUUUACCCAGAGAGCAAGUACCCGCCCUUCUGCUCCGGCACCGGGUACAUCUUCUCGGCGGACGUGGCCGAGCUCAUCUACAAGACUUCGCUACACACCAGGCUGCUGCACCUGGAGGACGUGUACGUUGGCGUGUGCCUCCGUCGGCUCGGCAUCCAUCCCUUCCAGAACAGCGGCUUCAACCACUGGAAGAUGGCCUACAGCCUCUGCCGCUACCGCCGCGUGGUCACCGUCCACCAGAUCUCGCCGGAGGAGAUGCACCGCAUCUGGAACGACAUGACCAGCAAGAAACACCUGAAAUGUUAG